AUGGAUUUGAAGUACCACAAUAAAGAUGUUGUGCUAGAGAUCAAGGGAUCGGACGCGCUCUUUCUCAACACCUCCAUUUUGGACGUGUUGAAGUCUUUGAAGGAAUUGUCCGAGCCAGCCGGAGAUGCAAAUUCUGGCCGUGUCCCCAAGAGACGGAGGGAAGAAGAAGAAGAGCCUAAGACACCCGAAAAAAAAGGACGGAAACUAAGUUUCGACGUCGUGGGCUUCGAGCAAUCGAACUCAUUCGAGGAGCUGGAGGCCAGUGGCUCCAGCCAGUCACCACUCCAUCCUCACUCAUCAUUCGAGGAGCUGGAGGCCAGUGGCUCCAGCCAGUCACCACUCCAUCCUCACUCAUCAUUCGAGGAGCUGGAGGCCAGUGGCUCCAGCCAAACUACUCUCCAUCCUCACUCAUUAUUCGAGGAGCUGGAGACCAGUGGCUCCAGCCAAAAAACUCUCCAUCCUCACUCACCCUUCGAGGAGCUGGAGGCCAGUGGCUCCAGCAAGUCAACUCUCCAUGGCUCACCCGAGACAGAGACCCUCGCCCACUCGUCGCCCUUGCAGCCUCUGAGCCACAUACGAAACACCGAGGACCUAAAGGCAGGCGAGGUCUCAUGGUUCCCACAAGCCAAGACAUGGAGACUAAACGUGGAUGAGAUCCGCAAGGUCUACCGGGACAGGCUAGAGAGGGUUCAUGACUGCUUGGAGUGCGGCGUCAUCCUCCACAGCCACAAAGCCCUAGCCGAGCAUGAGAAGUUGGACGACCACGUCCAGGAAAAGGAGCGAAUCGAAAAUUUUUUUAAUUCCAAGUUAAAAUCUAUGUGUCCAAUCUGUGGAGCUAAAGCUGGAAACAAAACGAAGCUGAGGAACCACGUGAUCAGCACUUCCGGUGGACCUUUGAUUGCAAAAAGUGUCCGAAGUUGUUUUGCUCAAUCAGGAGCUACAGGGACCAUCUACAUCCGCCAGUUUCAAAGGAAGAAAAAUAUGCCUGCGAGUGUAUAUAUUGUAUAUUAUUUGGUUAUAACUUUCCAUUUCCUUAUACAGGCCUUUAUAAACCCCCAAGACGCAGAGCCGAUCGCGGAGCCGGAGACCGUUGCCGAUAUAAUGGGUCUCAUAAUGGACGAGUCCUUCCCUGACUUGUUCCAAUAAACAUAUAUAUAUAAUAUAUUCAUUA